AUGGCACUAACUAGAGUUGGAUGUCCUUCUAUAUUUCAUCUCAAAUUAGAUCGAAAAUCAAACAAAUACGUGGUUGCUAACUUUGUAAGCUUCCACAACCAUAACUUGAUAGGGCCUAUGGGUGUGCCCUUCCUCCGCUCUCACAGGAAGGUUCGUAGUCCUGAUAAAGCCUCGGCCAAUACGAUGCAUAAAGUUGGCAUUAAAACAAGUCAUAUUAUGGAUUUUGCCGCACAACAAUCUGGUGGAUAUGACAAGGUUGGAUACACACAAAAACAUCUUUAUAAUCAUUUUACAGCUCAACGCAAAAUAAAGGUUGCGGAUGGGGACGCGGAAGGUGCAUUAGCCUAUUUAUGUGCGAAAGCAGAAUAUGACCCCUUGUUCUAUUACAAGUAUGACGUGGAUGAGCAAAACCGGUUAAAUAAUAUGUUUUGGAGAGAUUCAACAUCUCUAACAGACUACCUGUGCUUUGGAGACGUGCUACUAUUUGAUGCUGCUUAUCGAACGAAUGCUUAUGGGAAGCCUUUUGUGAUACUAGCUGGAGUCAAUAGUCACUUCCAAAUUGCAAUAUUUGGGUGUGCAUUGUUGACUGCUGAGACUGUUGAGACUUAUACAUGGGUAUUGGAAAAGUUUCUUGAUCCCAUGGGCAAUGAAAAAAUGCCAGUGUCAGUAAUGACAGAUGGAGAUAAGGCCAUGAGGAGAGCAAUAAAAACUGUGUUGCCUAAUGCUCGUAAUCGUUUAUGCAAAUGA